AUGGCGACGUUCAAGGCCAUUCCUCUCCUCAAGUUUGUGGGGACAGUGUCCCUCGGCUUGCUGACGGGCGUCUCCUACACCGUCUCCCGCCUCGCCCUCCCCUCGCUCCUGCAGCUCCCCUCGGCCGCCGCCGCCGUCGACACCCUCGCCCACCUCGCCGCCUCGCUGCAGUCGCCCCUCCUCGCGCUGUCCUCGCUCACCGUCGCGCCCUUUGCGCUCGCCUACGCGCUCGCCCCGCGCCACGCCCGCCACCCGUACCUGCUCUACGCCUCGCUGCUCGCCGGCCUGAGCUUUGCCGCCCCGCGCCUCCUCGCCCCCGCCGCCGUCGCCACUCGACCGGUGGCGGCAGCGGCCAAGAAGCCGUCGUCGCGCGCGCGCAUGGAGGCUAGCUACGAGGUCCUCGGCGAUGUGCACAGCGAGCCCGCCAGCGAAGAGGACAUGGACGAGGCCGUCAAUGGCGAGGACGUGCGCGUCCACGUCCAGGGUCUGGAGCGCGCGUAUGCCGUCCAGGCUGGCCUUGCGGCCGUCGGCUUCGCCAUGUCGGUUGUUGGCCUCUGGGGUGAUGGUGCCCCGACGGUCAUUGUAUCUUAA